CAGGAAGAGUCGCUCCGUGUUUUUCUGUCGCUGCAAACAGAAACAAAAACGUUUCUUUCUUCAGCUUCAGCCUGAAGGUUACACCUGAACCCGCGAGCGACCGCGAGCCGCACGGCCGUGACGUGUUUCCUGUCCGCUCCGGUGUCACGCUGACGGAGGACCAGCUAACCGCAGCUAGCAGCUAACGGUGACCGCACUAGUCUGUUCGUGCAUGGGUGAGUGACCGCCAUCAUGAGCGCCGAGCCGGACGCCCUGGCCGUGGUCAACCAGCUGAGGGACCUGGCCGCCGACCCCAUGAACCGCCGGGCCAUUGUCCAGGACCAGGGCUGCCUGCCAGGACUCAUCCUGUUCCUGGACAACCCCAACCCUCAGGUGGUCUACUCCGCCCUGCUGGCGAUCCGGUACCUGUCCGAAUGCCGAGCCAACAGGGAGAAGCUGAAGGGGGAGCUGGGGAUGAUGCUGAGCCUCCAGAAUGUCGUGCAGAAAUCCACGACCCCCGGCGAGACGAAGCUGCUGGCGUCAGAGAUCUACGAGCUCCUGCAGGCGUCCGGCGACUCCGACUCGGAGCCGACGGAGGAGGCUGUCAGCAGUCGCCGCAAAGCGCAGUUCUUCCUGGGAUCCAGCAACAAGCGGGCCAAGACCGUCAUCCUGCACAUCGACGGGCUGGACGACCCGAGUCGGAGGAGUCUGUGUGAGGAGGCUCUGCUGAAGAUCAGAGGAGUCAUCAGCUUCACCUUCCAGAUGACCGUCAAGAGAUGCAUCGUCCGAAUCCGCUCUGACCUGAAGGCCGAGGCUCUGGCGUCAGCGAUCGCGUCCACGCAGGUGAUGAAGGCUCAGCAGGUGGUCAAAGGAGACAACGGAGACGAGGUCAGUAUUUACGGCUCAGCUGGACGUCUCAAACACGCCACUUUACAGCCUUUGUGCCAAAUAAAUUCAGAGUCACUAAAGAGUUAAAGACUCUUCUA